AUGCCACCCAUUUGCCGGCGAUGUCAGCUCUGGCAGCAGUCCUUACGAUCCCUGAAAACAGCACGACGCCGAUAUGCCACACAGUCGUUCCGUACACGCAACAGGCAUGAUCCUCAGCCCAAAACCCCUCCCGAAGCAUCGCGACCAACGUCGAGAAUCCUGCACGCGAUCCGCACCUCUUUCUUGCUGGCUCCGUUCCGCCGCCUCCUGCAACGCGUCCCCGGCCCGAACAGACGCUUCAUCGGCACCACACUCAAGCUGACACCCAUUUUUGUGCUCCUUGCGCUACACUUCCCCUACCAGCGCAUGCCCGUCAGUGGCAGCUCCAUGGCGCCGUUCCUCAAUCCCAACAACGCACCGCAUCUACCGGAAACCAAGGAUAUGAUAUUGGUCAAGAGACUCGGCUCGUAUGAUCUAUGGGGCUACUGGCUGCAACGCUUGUCGUUGAGGGCCAUGGGGCAGACCACGCAACAGCCGUUGCGGCGAGGUGACAUUGUCGUGUUUGACACACCGCACGACCCCAACAAGGUCGCCGUCAAGCGUGUUGUGGGGCUGGCGGGAGAUAAAGUCAAGACACUGAAAGGGUUUGACGGUGGAGACGAAGUGGUAGUCCAGCACAAUCACCUCUGGGUGGAAGGGGACGCGGACGAUCGCGAAAAGAGCCGCGACAGCAACUGGUAUGGGCAGAUCAGCCAAAACUUGGUCAUCGGGAGAGUCGUCGCCGUCUUUGAUUCCUGGUGGAGUCCCCGCUGGAUCAAACUGGAAGAGCAUCACUGGCCCGCGCGCGAGCAAGGCAGGGUCACGGAGAAUGCAGUACUGGAGGAACAGGAGGAUCCCAAUAAGAGGGGCUGGAGACAAGGAUGGGUGGAUGGCAGCGCGGAGCAGAUUCUGAAGCAGAUGAAGACGCAGGAGAAAAGGCUGAUCAACGAUCUCGUCCUGUCUACCGGCCAACGAAAAGCCACGGCGCAGUACUAUGUGGAAGCCUUGAAGGAAAGGACGCGCAAUGAUCCCGAGACCAAGGCACUCACGGAGCAGAUGAUCGAACGGCUCGACUCGGUCUUCACCAAGGCCGGCCUGCUCGUGGUAGUGGAUGAGCAGAACAAUGCUGGCCUUGUGCCCACCAAAGAGGGCGAGGAGAUGGCCCGGGAAUAUCUCCGAAAGAAACCCGCGGAGGACGUCUACUCGCCGGAGGAGAUCUUGCAGAGGCGGCGCGAGUACACGGAGGCACGGCUCAAGAUGGAGGCGGAGAAGCUCAACAACUACGAAGAGUGGGCCUGGAUUAACAAGUAUACGCCCAAGACCGUGCUGCAGAAUAAGUUGAACAGGAGGAAAACGCAGUUCGAGAAGGAGCAGAGAGAGCUGGAGCUGGAGCAAGCGCGCCAGCAAGCUGCCGAGAGAGAGUCGGAGAGACUGCAGGCGGCUCAUCUCGCUCUGAGCCAUCCGCAGAAGUGA